UUGUGUUUCAUUCUUAGCAUAGCUCUCGUAAGAUGAAGACGUAUUUCGCUUGGAUUCCCUUGGUGGCUUUGCUUCUUGGCCACCAGGCUGUUUCUCAGCUUCUGGAUAAUUCCUGCGGACUUGGAAUCGACAUAAAUAGCAACAAGGCGGGAUUACAAGCUGCUGCUUGGAUGGCAGCCAUCAGAAAUGACACACAUUUUCUGUGUGGUGGCACGCUGAUUCAUAGUCGCUUUGUGUUAACCACUGCUCAGUGCACUAAUAACCAAGCAAGCCUAUAUGUAAAAUUAGGAGCAUACAGUACACCACAGCUUACCGAUAAGUAUGUAUCAGUCUCCCAAGUUUAUUUACACCAAUCGAAUGACAUCGGACUGCUUAAGUUGUCAAACACCGAUGCCUUCAAUGCCCAAGUUCACCCAAUUUGUAUAGUUACGGAUCCGAAUGUUAGAAGAUUCCUUGAACCGAUACGAUCAUUCAAAGUUUUUGACUGGGCACCAAAAAGUAAUCCCUCGGAAGGUGACUACCUUCUAGGAAACAUAUACUAUCGCCUAAAUACAAACGAGUGUAAUAGUAAUUCAAGCUUAUAUCCGAUUUGCGCUGGUGAAAAAAACACAACACAACACUGCGGGAGCUAUUCCGGCAACCCGUUGACUACCAGUGUCAAAAUAAACAAAAAUACCACUCUCGAAGUUCAGUUUGGGAUCGCAGGCAAUGGAAACUGCAAUAAGCCAAGAUCUUUCACAGACAUAACCAGCAAUGUGGACUGGAUUGCAGCAACUAUAAAUAGAUAUAAUACAAAGGACGUACCUGAGACAAACACCCAGCCAGAUACAAGGGUGCCCAAUAAAGGUUCAGAAACUCCAAUUCGUAGGAAAUCUGAUUUGUGGUUGUAUAGCGAUUGCGGUGGUGAUUCAAUAACUUCGUACUUACUGGCGUUGAUUUCUGGAUCGAGUCGCGCCACCAGUGGUGUGUUCAUUACGGACAAAUUUGUUAUUGUAACUGCCAGCUCCUUGCCUAAAGACACCAUAUCUGUGAGUCCGGCGUCAAUAAAUAGAACUUUAUAUAGAUCUGUUUUAGUUGAAUCAAUAUUUAAGCAUCCCCAGUAUACAGACGAUCAAAAAAAUGAUAUAGCAUUGAUCAAAUUGAAGAAACCGGUGAAUAUAGGUGGAAUAAAACCAAUCUGUAUGCUUGCCCAAAAAAGGCAUCAAGAGGAGGCGGAAUCUAACCCGCCUUUUACCAUAUUUGCUCCAACGAAUGCUUAUGACCGCAAGACCGUUCGUGAGCAUAAUGUUGAACUUCUUAAAACCGAAGGAUGUUUCGGAAUCGAAUCAAAUCAGUUUUGUGUUGAGGCUUCUCCCGGAAUUACGGAAUUACAGAAUUAUGGAUUUUCUGCUGACAUAGUUGGCAAAAAGCUGAUGUAUUCGGGAAGAGAUUGGCUUGCCCUUUUCGGUAUGGUCAGUUAUUCGAUGAACGAUGUUUACGUUUACACAAAUGUUAUGAGACACACAGAAUGGAUCGCUAGUGUUGUCAACUCUAAUCAAUAACAGGAAUUAAAAUGAAAAAUAUUUCCUCUCAUUUUUAUACAUAUGUCAAAAAAUAUAUAGAUUUUGCCAUUUUAAAGUACUUAACUUUAAUUUAUGUACUUAAAGCUUAAAAACUUGAAUAAUUGACUGAGUUUCAAUUAUAUUUUUAUAAUUUCGAAUGCUUCAUGUUGAAUAAACAGAUAGAAAACAA